AACGUUUAAGACCAAAUUUCUGCAAGAAUUGUUUAAAUUGCUAUUUGCAUGUCACUAAUUGAAAAAUUCUAAGUGAUAUACUAAAUUAUAUAAAAAAAUUUAUAGAAAAUGUAAAAACAAAUAUUGUUGAAAAAGUAAGUAAACAUGUAAAUGUGUUCCACAACAAGAGAGUCAAGAAAUAAAAAUCGAUAGAUUAAUGGUAUUGAAAAAAUCGCACUAAAACUAUUAAAUCAAUCGGAUUCAAGCCAUUUGCAGGAGCUCAAAAUAUUUAUCAGCAUUAUUUUUAAAUGGUUAUGUUUUUAACGCGUCGACGGAAGUUCCCUAAAAGUAAAAAUUGCUGACAGGCGCAGUACGAUUGUCUGCACUUACAAGACAAAUGCUCAUUAACUUUUUGAAUAACGAAAGAAUCGAAAAGAAAUAACCGUACUCCCAUUUCUUCAAUCAAAUAAUCACUCGCUUACAGUUUGACGUACAUACAUAUAUAAAAAGUACAUUCACAUAUUUAAUCCAAAUAGUCGAAAAAUUUGAAAAGAAUUGUCGUUGUGAUUCCCAAAGUCCUUUAUUUAAAGCUUUUUUAAUUUGUGUGGUAUAGCAGUCAUUUCUAAAUUUGGCUGUUAAUAUCAUUCUUCCUCAAGUUAAAUAUUGGGUUUGCAUUGAAACGUUCACCAAAUCUAUGAAAUUUGAUGUCAUUGAAUAAAGAUUUUCAACCAUUGACUGAUAAUCCUCCUGCAACUUCAUUUUACAAUUUACAAACAUAUGCAAACUUUUAUACAAUGUACGAAUCAUAUAAAUUCUUAAACGUCAUAUUCCGUGCUUCAGUCAUUCCGGGAGCAUUAAUGUUAAUUUGGCUGACUGGGAUAAUCUCACUUACUGUGGUACAAUUAUGUAUGUUCGUAUUCCUGAUAAUAUUCGUUGGAUUCCCAUUAAUAUUUCGUUAUUCUAUAACAUUACAAAGAGGGAUUCUCUUUCUUACGUUUAUUACUUACCCCAAGGACCUUGACCUUUCGAAUCCAGCCAGUGUGGGACUUUUUGGUACGAGAUCUCUUAAUCUUAGUGUGCUCGAUCCGGAUGCUGAGGAACGUCAUGAUGGCGUGCGCAUUGGUGUCUGGCAUGUGCUGCCAUUACACUUAGCUAAACGUUUUGCUAAAGAACUGAAAAUUGAUACGCAAGAGCACGAUGAAUUGAAGAAUACAACAUUUGAGCAUGACGAAAGUUUGGAAAAGCUAACGCCUAUUCUGAAAUCUGAAUUUUCCGAUGUAACCGCUGAGAAUGAAGCGCUCUUUUACGAGCGCAUGCUGAAACUUCCGGGCACCAUUGUUCUAUAUCUUCAUGGCAACACCGCUUCUCGUGGCUCCGGGCACCGUGUCGAGAUGUACCAACUUCUGCGCAAACUUGACUGCCAUGUAUUGUCUUUGGAUUAUCGAGGUUAUGGAGAUUCCGAUCCCGUUUCACCCACCGAAGAAGGAAUUGUACGAGAUGCCUUAACAGUAUAUGAAUAUAUUAGAAAUGUAACAACAAAUCCUAUAUUCAUAUGGGGCCAUUCUCUGGGCACUGGCGUGGCAUGUCAUUUGUGUUCACAGUUAAGUUUGAAAUUCAAAAUGGAUCUACCACGGGGAGUGAUAUUGGAGGCACCUUUUACGAACAUCCGUGAUGAAAUAAGAUUGCAUCCAUUCGCUAGGCCCUUUAAAGAUCUGCCUUGGUUUGAUUUGACAAUUGCGCGCCCUAUGUACUCGAACAAGUUGCGUUUUGAAUCGGACAAGCAUAUCAGCGAAUUUCGGCAGCCAGUAAUGAUACUCCAUGCGGAAGAUGAUUAUGUUGUUCCAUUCGAACUUGGCUACAAGCUUUAUCGAACAGCGUUGGAUACGCGUGCAAAAACUUGGGGGCCUGUUGAAUUCCAUCGUUUCAAUGGUGUUUCAGGGUACGGACAUAAGUUUCUUUGCCGCGCACCUGAACUACCCAAACUUGCAAAACAAUUUAUCGAGACUUAUCGUAAUGAAGACUUUUAAAGGCUUUGAAAUGUUUUAAACAUUGGCCUCUCAUAUUUCCCCCCAGAAAGUGCAUAUAUGUAUAUCCUGCAGUAUUUAAGGACUUUCAGUCAAGAAUCAAGCCGCCCGGAUGUACUGAGAAGUAGCUUACAAGCUACUGGAUGCCUUUUACUUUAUAGUUUUGUCGUAGAUUCGUAUAUAUACACAUAUAUAUGCAACAAGAACUUUAGUAUUAUUUGUGCAACCUAAUUUAAAAAUCUAUAAUCAUAGAAAUGGAGACAUUUAUUAGUAUACAUUCAUAUAUAAAAAUAGAAAAGGCCGUUGUGUAGAGAUUGCGACUAACUAAUAUAAUUCAAACUGUGAGAAAUUUUAAUAAUUACUGUUGCUAAAGUCAUGAGCAGUAUGCUAGAGGUUUAACAAUUACCAAAAAGGCAACAUAUGAUAACAAAAUCAUAGAAAUAUUAUUUUUUGUAAAUAAAUAAAAGUAAAAAUGCAAAAUUUUUACUUUAUAGUAAUACAUUUUUA